AUGGUUAUAAAGCUUAAAUAUAUAAAAGGAGUUAACUUGUACUAUCUAGGCAGUGGUAAAAUACACCUAAAUGAAAUAUCAAACACUACAGUUGGCGACAAAGAUUCGAUUCUGAUGGACGAAGAAGCCCAAAGUACACAGACAAAUGUUGGUUUUAAUGUGCCCUUUAUGGGACAUAUGGAAGAAUAUUCAACGAGUACAGAUUGGAAGCAGUACGUUGAGCGGCUUGAAAUAUUCUUCGAAGUAAAUAAUGUACCAAGAGAAAAGCAAGCCUCGAGCAUACUUACCUUGAUGGGUAGUAAGAUGUAUGCGUUGUUAAGAUCAAUUACAGCACCAAGAAGACCAAAAGAACUUACAUAUAACCAAAUUGUAGAAACUUUAACACAACAUCUUGAGCCAAAACCAAUAGUUAUUGCUGAACGAUAUAAGUUCCACAAGGCUGAGCAAGGACAAGCGGAAUCGAUUAGGGAAUAUCUUGCCAAAUUGCAGAGAUUAGCAGAAACAUGUGAAUUUGGGAGUUAUCGAGACGAAGCAAUUCGAGAUCGAUUUGUUUGUGGAUUGCGAGAUCGAUCGAUUCAACGUAAGCUACUAGGCGAAGUUGAUUUGACUUUAAAGUCUGCGGUAGAAAAAGCUUGUGCGGCUGAAUUAACGGAGAGAGAAACAUCAGCGUUACACGGAGAUUUACUGAACCGAGUGCAAACAGCAUCCCUCGAGUGUUUUCGCUGUGGUAAGAAAAAUCAUUCUCCCGAUAAGUGUUAUUUUCGGAAGUCCAAAUGUCACGGUUGUCAAAAUUACGGACAUAUAUUGAAGAAGUGUCCCAGGAGAGAUGGCAACAACAUGAAGAAUACAAAAAGUGAAAAGUCGAGAAGGGAAGAUGCUAAGAAAAGAAAAAAAAAUCCAGCGAAAUUCACAACGUUAAAACACAUAGCAACGUUGAUAGUGACAGCGAAAGCCAAGAAGAAGAUAUGA